ACGAAUAUUUGAGCAUCAUCCUGCAUGAACGACUUUGAUCUCCUCCAAAGCGCUCUGACAGUCAUCAGCGACCUGAUCGUGGAGGAGAUAUCUGCAUGACCGACUCUCAAUACUCUUUCACUCAGCCGCCAGCCCGCCAUGGGCUUCGGCAGCCUCGAAGACACCUGCGCCAAAACACCGCUGCCAAUAUGUCUCCUCAUCGGUCCGACGUCGCCUCUCACCGGCACGCAUAUGAUCCAAGCGAGUUGUUACUCACGCUCCGUCGGCCUCGCAAACACCGUCAUCUUUGAAGGGGCGGCGGGUGUGGCGCACAUCCUUGCCCUCAUCAUGACAAUAACCAUGAUCCUGCAUGUUAGGAGCAAAUUCACGGCUGUCGGCCGAAAGGAAAUCACCGUCUUCUUCUACAGCUACGUCCUCCUCACCAUGGCCUCGCUCGUCGUCGACUGCGGAGUCGUGCCACCCGGCAGCUCCUCCUACCCUUACUUCGUUGCCGUACAAUGCGGCCUGGCGUCUGCGACUUGCAUCUCCCUCAUGAUUGCUGGAUUCGUCGGGUUCCAACUGUACGAAGAUGGAACCACUCUUUCCGUCUGGCUGCUCCGACUCUGCAGCGUCGCCAUGUUCGUCAUCAGCUUCGCCGUCUCAAUCCUCACGUUCAAAGGCUUCGCUGGCCUGGAGCCCGAGAACACCGUGGGACUGUUCGUCGUGGUCUACCUCUUCAGUGCCCUAUUCCUCACAGUCUACGUGGUCAUGCAGUUGAUCUUGGUGAUUGGGACGCUGCAGGAUCGAUGGCCGCUGCUGCACAUCUUCUUUGGUGUGCUGUGCUUUGUGCUGGGCCAGGUGACGCUGUAUGUAUUGAGCGAGACCAUCUGCGUGACGGCGCAGCACUUUAUCGACGGGCUAUUUAUCGGCACUCUGUUCAAUUUGUUUGCAGUAAUGAUGGUGUACAAGUACUGGGACACCAUUACGAAAGAAGACCUCGAGUUCUCCGUCGGUCAGAAGCAGCAUAACUGGGAGGUGAAGGAUGUCGUUCCCGAAGACUCGAAGCAGCCGGUGGAUGAUGGCGACUACUCCAACAUGACGUUUCAACAGCCCAUCCAUCAUGGGGGUUCUUUUGGCGGCUAAUGCCAAUUUUGAGUGCUGGGAUGAACUGGCGUGACAGGGUUUGAGAUUUAUUGGCAGCGAGGGAUUUGGUAGCAUGUAGCAAGGCAU